AUGCUGAAAGACAUUUCAACAGUUGGUAUCGUUGUUCCACGUCUUGACAUCGCUCGUUCAUACUUUGAGCAGAUAUAUGGCGUUAUUACAUCUGAACCAGUUGAAUCUAAGCCUGGAAUUCUUUCAUCCAUUGCUCCAUUUAGAAAUACAAAGGUAGAACUUAUGGAACCAAUUGAUAAGGAUGGCCAUACAUCACAAGCUGAAUAUCUUCGUUAUCAUCCAAAGGGUGGAAUUCAUCAUAUUGCAUUUUCUACCGAUAACAUUGAUAACACGCUUGAGUCAUUCUCAGCCAUUGGUGUUAACCCACUUGAAAAGCCAAGACAGCACCCAUCACUUCACAAGAAGACAGUCAUGUUAGAUCCUUACUACACACAAGAAAUUAUGACUGAGCUUGUUGAAGAAUAA